AUGGUUCUAUUUAUACCAGCUAGUGUAGUAUUAGUUAUUACUGUAUCCUCUAUUCUUGUUGCUAUAGGAGGAACAGUUGUUGCCUUUGUCGCUGGACAUCUUGCAAGUAAAUUACUUGAUGCAAUCACCAAUGCCUUUGCAGCCUCAACCUCUGAUGCUGUUUUGUUCAAAGCCAAUGAUGACGCAAUGUCCCUUGGAGGUGGAGCCAUGAGAAUCUGUCUUGUCACCAAGGCCUCGAGUUGGAUGAGAAAGGUCCGCAUUUUGUCAUCUUUGUCGGAUGGUGAGAACUAUAAGGUGGAGGACUUGGAUGCUGGAGAUAAUGGUGGAUAUGAAUAUAAUGCACCUACUGGUAAUGUCAAGUGGAUGUACACUGAUAUACUAGUAUUCCCUGGUUGUGUAGUUGAGAUUCAGUUGUUCAGAGAUACAUACUUUAGUGGCUGGGUCGACUGUGGAAUGCUCAACAUUGAUGCCGAGAUCCAGAGCUUCCGCAACCAAUGUCUGAUGAUCUACUGGGACGACGACAAUGGAACAUUCUUCAUCAACAAGAAUCUUGCCUACACAUUCAACACCCUCUUCAAACAAUACAUGAAGGAUCAGCAUUUGUCUAAUCCAGAAUUGUUCCAGAGGUCAAUCCCCAAGCAGGGCCUGCCAACCAUUGCCCAACGUGCUGCUGCCAGGAAGCCAAAGGAUACCAAGAAGGAGUUGUAUGGUGAUGGCAAGUUCGAGAAGACACUCGACCCUGCUGUGUUCUACAAGGAUGAGCCACCUGCCAAUCCAAAACCAUACUGCAAGACUAAGAAGGACUUGGACGGAGAUGGAAUUGUCAACAGCAAGGACAAUGACAUGGAUGGAGAUGGUAUUGUCAACAAGAAGGACAAGGACAAGGAUGGAGAUGGUAUUGUCAACAAGAAGGACAAUGACAUGGAUGGAGAUGGUAUUGUCAACAAGAAGGACAAGGACAUGGAUGGAGAUGGUAUUGUCAACAAGAAGGACAAGGACAAGGAUGGAGAUGGAAAGAAAGACAAACCAGCACCAGUCAAGCCGGCCGUCACCAAGCCAGCCGUCACCAAGCCAGUCGCUCCCAAGCCCAAGGCUGCU